GAAGUUACAUUGCAGCUUGGCAAGAAAACCUGAACAACAACAGGAGAAACAACUGUUAAUCUCCUCCCACAACAGGUUAAAGACUUGCAGCAGAAACAAUUCAGCCGGUCAUACAUAGUAAAUAACAGCUGCACUGUCAGAACAGAGGGAAUAAGGGUGGAGAAAAGAAGUAGUGCUUCAGCAGGGACAUUAAUAAAAAAAAAAAACAGCCAUGAGCUACUCUGACUGGAUGUCGAAACUGCCGGCUGAGCUUCAUACCACCUCUCUGUUUAAACUGGUCAUUCCAGGAAGCCACGACUCAAUGAGUUACGAUCUGGACGUACACUCCCGAAUCAUCGAGCCUAAUGCACUGAGGAGAUUUAGCAGGAUUUAUUGCGUGCGUAAAAUAAUACACACAUGGGCAGCCACUCAGGAGGUGAACAUGACUGAGCAGCUAAAUGCAGGAGUUCGCUAUUUUGACCUUAGGAUCGGCCGCAAGCCAAACGACACUGAUCCUACCAGGCUGUAUUUUCACCAUGGGCUGUACACACACACCGACGUGGAGACCAUUCUUCAGGAAAUAAACACGUGGGCGGAGAGUCAUCCUAAAGAAAUCCUCAUCUUGUCUUUAUCCCACUUCGAGGGAUUUGACAAGAAGAUUGCAGCAAAACUUCACAACCACCUGAUCGAGUUCAUCAAAAACCUUUUCAAAGCCAAACUCUUGCCAAAUAUGGUCAAUCCCACUCUCAAACACUGCUGGGAUAACGGCAAAAACGUAAUAGUUUCAUAUGACCAUCCAUCCUACCAUCAGGCUGUGCUAUGGAGAAAAAUAACGUAUUACUAUGGCAACAGUAUGGACCGUGCAAAAAUUACAGCCAAACUAUGUCAGGCUUUGGAAAAGCAGAAGUCUCCCAAUUAUUUCUUCGUCUGUGGCUUGAAUCCAACCCUUCCACACAAUUCUGGCAUCCUCAGAUACAUCCUGCGUGUGUGCGACAGCUUCCCCAACGUCGUGCGAAGGGGUCUGCCAAAAAUGCUACGAUGGGCGAAGCAGCAGCAUGAAAAGACGCCUAUGAACAUCAUCGCCUCAGACGUGGUGACUAGAGCUGACUUUGUUAAAACGGUUGUAGAGCUCAACUUGAAAAAAGGGAAACGACGAUGAAAUCACACUGGAAAAAGUAAUCAAUUCUUAAAUUAAACGUAUUUACCCUUAAUUUAGCAGGUAGGUAAGAUGGUCUGCCACUGGAAUGAGCAUUUUUACCCUUCAAAUAAGAUGAUUAGAUAAUAUGCAAUGGAAUUAAGACAAUGCAAAUGUUUUUUACUUAGUAUUAUAAAUGUAAAUUGUCUUGUUCCAUUGACAAAUUGUCUCC